CGCGGCCUCGCGGCGUGCCCGGAGCGAGCCCAUGCCCGAUGGCCACCCGUCGGAAAAGGUGCUGGAAAUAUCUGAGCCGCUCAGCUCCCGUGAGGAUGCGGCAGGCCAGGCCGGCCGGCCGCUCGGCGUCGCCGGGGACGCGCCUCGCGUGGGACUGAGACCCCCCCCGACCCCCGCCCGCUCGCCGCCACCAUGAACACCAACGUGUGCGUGGAGAGCGGCCCCAACCCCGAGGCGCCGGGGCUGCCCAAGGACAGCCACCUGCCCGAGGGGGCCCUCAACAGCCUUGUGGAUUACAACUCGGAGAUGGAGAGGUACCGCUCCUUCGCCACCUUCUACAAGACCAACGGCGGCGCCUUCCCGCAGGCGGCCAAGAUCGCGCGCAUCACCACCCCCAUCUUCCCCAGCGCCGCCGCCGCCGCCGCCGCCCGCAUCGGCAUGUCCCCCUGGAACUGCGACACCGCCACCGCCGCCGCCGCCACCGCCAUGCUCUGGGGCAGCGGCGGCGGCGGCGGCGGCGCGGCGGGCGGCGCGAGGAAGCCCUCCUCCUCCUCCUCCUCCGCCGCCGUCGCCGCCGCCUCCGCGGCCGCCGCCGCCUCCUCGCUGCACGCCGGCAGGGGCGGCAUGCACCACCGGAGCGACUCGCAGCGCCUGGGCAAGCCCGGCUGCGCGCCGGCCGAGCAGCCCGCGCUGCCCAUGGCCAACGGCAACUUCCUUUCCGGCCUGGCCCCCGAGCACUGCCGGCCGCUGGCGGGCGAGUGCAUGAACAAGCUCAAGUGCGGCGCCGCCGAAGCCGACAUCAUGAACCUCCCCGAGCGCGUCGGCACCUUCUCGGCCAUCCCGGCGCUGGGCGGCCUCUCGCUGCCGCCCGGGGUCAUCGUCAUGACGGCCCUGCACUCCCCCGCCGCGGCCUCGGCGGCCGUCACAGACAGCGCCUUCCAGAUCGCCAACCUGGCGGACUGCCCGCAGAGCCACGCCUCGGCCGCCCCCGCCUCCGCCCUGGGAGGCGGCGGGGCCGGGGCCGGGGCGGGCAACCCCGCCAAGAAGAAGCGGAAACGCUGCGGGGUGUGCGUGCCCUGCAAGCGGCUCAUCAACUGUGGAGUCUGCAGCAGUUGCAGGAACCGCAAAACGGGACACCAGAUCUGCAAAUUUAGGAAAUGUGAAGAGCUUAAGAAAAAACCUGGCACUUCGCUAGAGGUAAAAGAAUGCCUUGGCAUGAAAACCUGUCCUGAAUGCACCACCUGCUUGACAGAUAUAUACAAAGACUUGAAACCUGAGAGGAGAAGAGGAUGGUUGCAAGCAAAAAAAAAAAAAAAAUCUAAACAAAAGAAAGGAAUUAAAGCCAGCACCAGGGCACGUACUUAUACUGCAUGGCUGUCAUUGCCCGUGCCGAUUCUUGGGAGCGAUGCAGAGCAUUGUGCUCAGCAGGAUAAGACUGACAGACCUCGAAUACGAACCCUUACUGCCUUCUAAAGAGGAUUUCCCAUGGCCAAUAAGUUUUGCUCAGGAGCUCACCUGAGAAGAGGCAGGCACAAGGCAAGGACCCAACAUCCUGUGGCAGGCACCAGUGAGGCACUGCUGGGCUCUGCAGUUCCAUUUGCCCCUCAGCCAAGGUGAUGCUUAGCUGCUCCCAGCGGGGCUGGAAAGCCUGAAGAUGUCUGAAGAAUGGAAGAACGGCAAACAAUGAGAUUGCUGGUGAUAAAGCAAUCCUGGAAAAUGUUUGGAUGAAUUUUUUUCAGGAGAUCAACUUCCCUGUCAUGCCUGCCCCUCUGUGCUCUGCUGAUGUUACCCUCCUUGUCAAAGAUGUCACCAGCAGGAAGAUGUGUGGGAAGGAGGUUUACUAGGUGAAUAUUCCUAAACAUCCAGCACACCGUCAGGCACAGGGCAGGAGCAUGCUGCAUUAGCUCUGGGCCUGAGCAGAGUUAGUCAAAACAGCUUGAAAAAUGGAAUGUGUUCCUUUGUGGUGGAGUCUCAGACCCAGCACUGAUGUCAUGAAUAGCUGAAAUUAUGUCUAAAUUUGAGAAGAAAAAAAAAUACUUCCUCUGAGGUGUGUCUUGCAACUGCAAAUGAGGCAUAACUCGAAUCAACUAUGAUGAGCUGCUAUUAGCAUUUGAGUUACAUUUCCCUUGAAAAGUCAGGAGGGGCUGUGGCCCCAGAUUAGGGGUCCCUCCUGACAUCUAAGUGGGUAGCGCAUAUGGAAAUGGAGUUGUCCCGGGUGUCACCACCUCGAGGUGAAUGAUAGCUAGAGGUGGAAGAGUGGAGAAUAAAUGUUACUGCAAGAAAAGCUGCUGAAUUUCCUUUUGAGAGACUGAUAAUCCCGCAGGCUUCUACAGAAGCAGCUUUUGAUUAUCAUUGCUGAUGAUAUUAGAAGACAUCUCUGGAGUCUGUCCUUUAAAAAAUGUUUCCCUGGUGCUACUUGAAAACAUAUGGGCUGGGAACUGAAGUGAAAAACUGAUGUUUUGCUAACUCUCUUGGCACGAUGGAGGCUUAAAAAUGAUGUGCCUGAUACUAGAGAUGCAUUUUUAACAGUAAAUGAAAGCAGACUGCAUAAAAAUUCAAAAUACUAGACUGGCAAAUGUGGAUGAGAAAAGAAGUUGGAAGAAGAAAGGGGCUGGUUAAAGGACCAGAUGAGAAAAGGUGGAUCAGUUCAGCUGGGCUGAACAGGAGCAGCGCUGUUUGAGUUGCUUUGACUUACUGAAGGUGCAGACACACACCAGCAACUUAGAGAGGGAGCUGAGUAAGCCAGGUCUAACAGAGCAUGUUCAAAUGCAGCACUUUCCGAAGGGCUUCAUCAAGUAACAGGAUGGACAAGCUCGGGCUCCUGCUUGCAUGGUAACAGUUCGGAUGGGGCAGGGACAGAGGGAUGGAGCCAGGCUUCUUCAGUCUAGAAUCUAGUCCAUGCCAGACACUGGUCUGUGGAUGGCUGCGGUUUCUAACACAGGCAUAGCACCUGGAGAGUUCAUGCCUCAUUUCCAAUGGCUCUUAUCCAUAAAAUUAAACCUAUUUCCAGACAACAUACAUUAACCCUCAGAAGAUGUCUUAAACUGGAAUAAGUGUGUCUUAUACCGGAGCUGGAUGAGGUUAGUUUUGCUGAUUGAAUAAAAUCAUAGAAUCAUUAAGAUUGGAAGAGACCUCCAAGAUCAUCCAGUCCAACCAUUCACCUAACAUCAAUAUUUCCCCACUAAACCAUGUCCCUAAAUACCACACCUACACAUUUCUUGAACACCUCCAGGGACUGUGACUCCACUACCUCCCUGGGCAGCCUGUUCCAGCACCUGACCACUCUUCUGGAGAAGAAAUUUUUCCUAAUAUCCAACCUGAAAAGGUUGGAUAGUUCAUAAAAACCAGCCAACCAAACAAAAAAACAUAUUAUGCUGAUACCACUUCAGUGUCUUCACCGUGGAAAAUGCUGGCCCUCAACAAGGGAAAGCUGGAUAUGCUUUAUCCCAUCAGCUCCACCAACUGUAAAAAAAUGAAUCUCUUGAAGUUGCUGAAGAAAAACUUUUGACAAAAAGACACUUUGGAAAAGUGCAGAAUCUGCAGAAUCAUUGCAUCCCUUGGCUGGUCAUGCAUUUUCUGAGCCUCUGCCAGUAAUUACAGUUUCUGAAAACUUCUGAAAGCAAAAAAGCAUUCCCUUCCAUGGCCUUCUGUUCCACCUCUUUGCCUCUUUUGGGUCCAUUAGUCAGCACAUGCAUACCCCCAUAGUCAGGUGACCAGCAGACUGGUGCUACAGAACUGCUCUGCCUUCCAGAGUGCCAGGUGAUGAACUUCAGGAGGUUUGGGUGUAGUCAUAAGACAAAACAGGCAACUGCUGUUGAGGUUGGUAUCCCGCGCCAGUAUGGGCAAACUCUCCAUCUGCUCAAUUUCUGUAAACAGGUUGGAUAUUUCCCCAGGAAAUGUUUAUUAAGAUGCCAGAACAUGCAUUUUUGGUAUAUGGUGGUUACAGAAUCUGCUGAAGCUAUAAGGUUCUGCAGCAUCCUGAAGAAAUGGUAGAUCCUAAACACAGCUUUUGUUCUUGGCCACAACCAAUUAGCAUUAUCUAUUUCUCAUUUUUCCCUGGCCCUGUUUUAACAAUCUCUAACUAGGAGCUUAACCUCUGUUCCAAAAACUGACAUGGAUAAAAUGCACUUAACAUUGCUCACAAUUCUUACAAAGAAUAGAAUAGAUCUUGCAUUUGGCUACACAGAGAAGUUUUAUUUCAGUGACUUCAGGAGCUAGGAUUUCUCCAGAUGUGACUCAAGCCAUGACGUCCCAUUGAAAGAAGCUUUUAUGCUUCUUUAUCCAAGAGACAGAUCAUGUUCUGAGAAAAUUCAAACUAUUUUAUUCUAGCGUAUGUCUAACUAAAUUGAACAAUAAAAAUUGUUAUCCUUUAUGACCACCAACCAAUUAACUGACCUGGUGACAGGGAAUUAAGUCAGUCUUCUUCCUUUGAAAUGACAGCUGAAAUAACAGCGGUACAGUUCCUUGUCUCCAGUAUGAGUGCGAGAGAGGAGGAAGGAUGGGAUCAGGAUGACCGACAGACAGAAAAAUCCUGGCCUCGUUGCAGCACUGAAAUGCUUCCCAUCGACUUCCAAAGGGCGGGAUCUCUCCGUCAUGCCACACUUUCUAGGAAGCCUUCAUAAAAACAGGAAGAAAAUGGAAUGCACGUACAAUUGAUAUAGAAAAAAUGGAACGUUUGGAGUAAGGAUAAGUGGGCCGUGCUUCCAUAGCUCACUCUUCCAGGCACAAAGCUCUCAUGGAUGCCAGAUGUGACAGACUUUGUUGGAUCCUUCCAGACAACUCAGUUUCAGAUAGAAGAGAUUGCAUCAAGCAACUUAUUUGGUGAUGCUUAGGUGAGCAAACUAUUACAUUAAUACCCCAGUGCAUUGGCUUAUGAUUGCUGUUCAGGUGUGGUUAAACCAUCCGGGAUAUGCUCGAGAAGAACCUGCUUGUUCUGUAUCUGAAAACUGUGGAGUCUGGUACACGAUGGGAAAACAAGAAAAGUUCCAACACAUGAGACAGAGCUCGCAUACUGGGAGCUUUCAGGGAAAGGUCCAAAACCUGUCAUUUUGCCCCUAAGGUUUUAUCGUGACUAGAGUACUCUUAGAGCACCUCAUUAUUUCAUCUCAAGCUAUACCCCUUUGUAACCUUUUACUUCUCGUAAGGCUCUGGCCUCAGUGGUAACCCAUUAGAGCCAGCUGCCCACGUGGAUCUCACACUCUGUAAAAGAGUUUUUAAAGUUUGUUGCUUUCUAACUAUGCUAAAGUCUCCUUGUUGCAAGAUCAGAAGAGGUGCCUAGAAGUGCUCAGCAGACCUUCCCUUUUGCCUCUUCUGCUUCCCCUCUAAUCCAUUUUCCACACUGGUCUGACAGAGUCUGAGAUGGUUGCACUUCAGGCCACAUUGCAAGACCCAUCCAUUAUUCUGCCUUUUGCCAAAGAGACUGAUUUGAAGGGGUGUGAAUUUCUGUGGGGCUUAGGAAGUGUUGAAUUGACUUUUCUGUCACUUUUGCUACAUUUCCCUUUCCGUAGGCUACAGCACUGAUGGAAAUGUCCUUAUAGUCUAUGAUAGGCACAUUCUAGAAAUAGCAUGUUAAAUAAAUGGAAAUGUUUUUAAAAAUUAAGAAUCCUCCACAAGUUUUAAAAAUAAAGACACUAUACGUAAUCAACCGAAAAUAACCACAAUGUUUUUAUUUUUGGCAAAAGAUACGCAGCGGGAAGGAAAACUACGCAGUUUAAUUUGCUCCUUGGUAUUAAUUCUUACAGUAUUUGCCAGUAAUGGCAACAUUAUAAUUUGUAGAAUUAAUUAAUGAUCUGGCAUCUGAUUUUGAUUCAUUAAUGCUUAAGCCAGCUAAGUCUCAAUUAUCCUCUGGACUAUUUAUUCCUUAACAAGCUUUUAGCUAAUGUGAUUUUGAAAAUAUGAAAAUAGGUCUUAACUUGCCUUUAAGAAGUGGCAAUAUUUUAACACUUCUCUGUAAAAUAAAGAACCUUCCUAUUUUUUCGUGCUAUUACAGUAACAUUCAAAAUUAGACUUGGGGAUUUUCAAUGUAUGCACUAAAUAUAUAUUAUACUUAUAUGUACCUGGAACCUGACUUCAAUUUAGACUUGAUUAAAAAAUGUACUGAAUUGGAAACUGUGUAAUAAAGGAUGCCUAAAUCAUACUGACCCAGAAUAGCUCACUCCGUCAGACAGUUAGCAAAUAAGUGCACAAGCAAGCAGAUGAUACGAGAAUUCAAAAUUAAUUUUAUUCUCAGAGGAUGCAUAGACUAGCAGAUAGCAUCUGAUUCUAUCUGCAGAGGUGUAAAUCCAGAGUAACGCCUUGGCUGAGGUCUCGUUACCCUGAAUUUGAUUGCUUAUCCUGCAAAUGAUCAGAAUUGGGCUCUUCUGUGCCCAAGGCUAUGUUAAAGCAGCUGAAAUAGCCAGUGUUACUUCACAGCAUUUUUGUGAUGCAACUGGUAGCCUCUACCGAUUUCCAUGUAUUCGUUAUUUAUAACAAAUCCAUUUACCAAAGCAAUUUAAAGACUCUUGAAAUUUUCUCCAAAUGACUGGUAUUUUUGAAAGUUCAAUCACCACAUCCUUUAGGAAAAUCUGCCCGAUGGAGUUAUCACUUGUGCUGCAAUUGUAUUAUGAUACAUUCAGAAACUACAGCCAUUGAUUUGGGAUUGUCAGGCACCGGUUUAAGAGCUCUUUUGAACUCGUUUGGGAAAGUUGCUUCUACUGCUGGGCUCUGACAUGAUGCUUGUGCCUGCUGUCAUUGUACACUGUCCCCACUAGCAUCAAAACAGAAAUGCUUCAUUACGAAGAUGAGUAAACAAAUGAAUCAUGGAUGUUUUAUCCAAAUAGACCAUCACAGUUCAUCAUUUUAGUUGCUGAGAUUUGUUCUGAAGGUAUCUUCCAAACCUUCCAGACGUGAUAGACAUGGUAGAAAAUACAAAACUAAGUCGUUAGUGUUACGGAACUUGAAAUAACUCAUCUUCUCCUGCAACCAUGCUUUUCCUAAGAAGACAUCUGAUGACCUCCAAACACCGGCAUUUGGGUGUAACACCACUGGUGUCAGUGUAGUUAUUCUCACUUCACAAUGCUGAGACACCAGCUAGAACUUUCCCCACCCUUCUCACCAAGAAAUCUGAGACAAACAUCUGAGAGUAUCUUCCUUCUCCCUUUUAGAUCACUAAAUUCAGCUCCUCUCAGUCAAAGAUGGGAGGUCAGUCCAUGACUGUAUGGAGAGAGCUAUAACGCCAGCUCCUCUUUACACUUGAGGAGCUGUUAGCUCAGCCAGGUCCCAAAUGGCUGCCCGCGAUCUGUGGAGCGGGGGCACUGCUCACACUCCAAGCUGUCCGUGGUUUUAAAAAUCAACCCCCUCUUACCAAGUCCAAUGCUCUGGCCCACAAAAUCCAUUCUGUGCUGCUUCAGGGACAGCUCUAAGCUCUGCAUACAUGGCUGGUGCAGAACUGGGAGGUCACAAAACCAGAUACCAGAGACAUAUCUGAGGCAACAAAGAAAUGAAUUCAUGUCCAGCUACUGAGGCACAAGGAAAAGUGCCAGUUACCUGUGUUGUUAUGGCAAGAGUACUUUCAGGCUAAGCAAUAAGUAGACGUGGUUGAGCUUGGGCUCUAACACUAGGGCUGGACUGCUGGAAGCACCAUUUUUCUCAAUUCCUUCGAUAAAAGGUUUGGGUUGAGAAACAAGAGCAGCUCUGCUCACUUUUAAUCAUUUCAAUGAGGAGGAAGGAGGGAAGGUGGAGGCUUGGUAAGAAAAAUAUGCAAAGCUUAAAAAGUUCCAGCUGCUGUUCUCUAAUGGAGGCUUGGUUCCUCAUGAACAGUGGAAUAGUUAGGCCACCUGGUGGUAAACGGCAAGCCAACAACCUCUGCAAUUUCUGAGGCACAAUAAAUAUCCUGAAGAGCAGAGAGCACAGGGAACGGUCAUAGGCUGGUGUGCAGCCACCACUGGGAGAUGGCCGCUAGCCAUGACCUCCUCCAGCUCAGGUGCAGUGCAGAACAGGGGGGCCCUCUGUCCAUCACAGCCCUCCACCCCAGCCAGCUCCUGCUGUGCCAGGGAGGGAGGCAAAGGAGAAAGCAAUCCAGGGACCUCUGAAACUAGGUAAGCUUGUGAAGCAGGGGGCUUAAGUGGCUGAGUGAGGGCCUCUGUCCCUAAAUGCUGCACCAGGUUUAUGCAGAUAAAUUAAGUGAGGCUGGUGGGAGCUGUCAGAGUUAUACUUUUAUGAGUCCUAUUUCAACGAAUGUUCUACAGCGUAAUUUCCACUUCUGUGUCUGUCACUUGUUUCUUCCAGUAAAACUGCUGCCCAGAAGUACCGCAAAGUGUCAAAUGUAAAUGCAGAGUGCAGAGGAGAUGCUGGCCCUGCCAGCGGGGUCCUUCAGAGUGCUCCCAAGUGCCAGCAUCUAAGAACCGAGCUGUACUGGACAGCAGGGCA